AUGGCCACGUCAAAUCUGACCGUCGUGGACAUCCACACCCACAUGUAUCCCCCCCAGUAUAUCAAGAUUCUCGAGUCUCGGGCGACAAUCCCCUUGAUCCGCAAGUUUCCUCAAGCCCCCGAGCCCCUUCUCAUCCUGCUGGAAGCUGAGCUCGGAGACUUGGAAAAAGCCAUCGACGACCCCUCAGCAAAGCCUCCAGGACGACCUCUGACAUCUCACUUCGCAUCGCUCGACCAAAAGAUUCACUUCAUGGACACUCAUCACAUCAAUAUAUCUGUCAUUUCUCUGGCUAACCCGUGGCUGGACUUUGUCAACGCCUCCGACGCCGGCGACGUGGCCAAGUCUGUAAACAACGAAUUCUCAGACAUGUGCGGCAAACACCACGGCCGGCUCUUCUUCUUCGGCACGUUGCCUCUGACCGCGCCGCUCGAAACUCUUCUGGCGUCGAUAUCCCACCUCAAGGACCUGAAGUACUGCCGUGGUGUCAUCCUUGGCACCUCGGGGCUUGGCAAGGGACUGGACGACCCUCAUCUUAUUCCAAUCUUCAAAGCACUGGCUGCCGCAAAUCUGACCAUUUUCCUUCACCCUCACUACGGCCUGCCCAACGACGUGUGGGGCCCCCGCGCUGGCGAGUACGGGCAUGUUCUUCCGCUGGCUUUGGGCUUCCCCAUGGAGACAACGAUUGCCGUGGCACGCAUGUAUCUGGCCGGCGUCUUUGACCAGGUCCGCGACCUGAGGAUGUUGCUCGCGCACAGUGGCGGCACCUUGCCGUUCCUCGCAGGCCGAAUCGAGAGCUGCAUCUUCCACGAUGGGCAGCUUGUUCGAGAAGGCAAAGUUGGGGGGAACCGUCGCACCGUCUGGGAUGUGCUCAAGGAACAGGUCUACCUGGAUGCUGUCAUAUAUUCGGAGGUCGGGUUGAAGGCCGCAGUCGAUGCAAGUGGUUCCGACAGACUCAUGUUUGGCACCGACCAUCCGUUCUUCCCGCCCAUCACGAGUGACGAACAAGGGCAUGGGAAAGCGUCAGUCUGA